CAACUAAUUCUUCCUAUCAAAUUUGAGAGUGCUAAAUAGCUUAGAGUUACCUAACAUUUUUUUGGUUGAAGGGAAGGAAAUUAAAUCAUGCCCAAUAUCAUGUAUCGUUUUUUCAUCAUCUCCCUUUGUUUGUGUGUUGCAAGCUCAACAUCAAAAGGAAGAAUAGAGUAUCUUCCAGGAUUUCAAGGACCUCUUCCUUUUUAUUUGGAAACCGGCUAUGUUGGCGUGGAUGUGAAUGAGGAUGUUCAAUUGUUUUAUUACUUCAUUCAUUCUGAGUCAAAUCCCAAAGACGAUCCUCUCAUACUCUGGCUUACCGGUGGUCCGGGUUGUUCCUCCAUUUCUGGCCUCCUCUUUGAAAUCGGUCCAAUUGAAUUUGAGGCCGUGGCUUAUAACGGAAGCUUGCCGAGUUUGAUUUUGAGAUCCCGUUCAUGGACAAGCAAACAACGCCAUCGUGUUCCCUUUGAUGUCUCCUACAAAUCCCACCCAAACUCGUCUCUGAUCGAUCUUCGGAGCAAGUGGCUCGAAAGUCAUAUGGAGUUCAUUUCCAACCCGUUCUACAUUGGAGGCGACUCGUACUCUGGAAACCCAAUCCCCAUAAUUACACAAAUAAUAUCAAAUGGAAACGAAGUUGGCAUUAAGCCUUGCAUUAAUAUAAAGGGAUACGUACUCGGGAACCCUUUGACAUUCCCGGAAGAAGACAAUUAUAAAAUACGAUUUGCAAAUGGUAUGGGGCUUAUUUCCGAUGAACUCUAUAAGUCACUAUUCCACAGUUGUCAAGGCGAGUAUCGAUCGGACUACAUAAACCCAGACAAUGUAGAAUGUCUGCAAAAUCUUGCGUUAUACGAGAAAUGUAUAGACGGGAUCCAACAGCCCCAAGUAUUGGAACCAUAUUGUGGUGAUACUGAAUCGCCAAUCAAACUACCUAGCCAAAUGUUGUCUAAAGAGCGACGUCUACUUUCUGCAUUUUAUUGCCGGUUUGAUGAAACACGUCUAGCUUAUUACUGGGCAAAUGAUGUCGGCGUUAGAGAAGCAUUGCGAAUCAGAAAGGAGAGCAUUGGAACCUGGAUAAGAUGCAAUUAUGAUUUAAAUUUCACGACGAUAGUAGAUGAUGUCAGACCUUAUCAUCUCAACCUCAGCAACAAGGAUUAUCGAUCACUUGUAUACAGUGGUGACCACGAUAUGGUUAUUCCUCACCAAUCGACUCAAGCAUGGAUAAAAGACCUUGGCUACACUGUUAUUGAUCAAUGGCGAUCAUGGAAGGUUCAUGGUCAAAUCGCAGGGUACACAGAGACUUAUUCCAAUAGAAUGACAUAUGCCACUGUAAAGGGUGGGGGGCACACAGCCCCCGAGUACAAGCCCGAAGAGUGUUUUGUGAUGUUCAAAAGGUGGAUACACGAUCAACCAUUGUAAUCCAUCAAUGCACAUUAAUAAACAUACGACUUGGAAGAUAUAUGGUCUACAAAUCUUGUAUUGUCUAUUCAUUCAACAAAUACCAAAAAUAAAAAAGGCAAUUAUAUUGUAUAAAUGAGAUGUCUAUCACGAUACCAUGCAUAAUUUGAAAGAGGCUAACUUAAUUUAUGGGUG